AUGCGCCGGGCGCUGCUGACCGUCAUCACGGCGGUGGUGUUGGUCGUCGCAUCGUCUCCGCCCACGGAGGAUACAACGAGAAACGUUUUCGGUCAAUGCAUUCUUCCGUUGGGCAUGGAAGAGGGAAAGAUUCCGGACGACGCGAUCACAGCGUCUUCCAGUUACGAGACUAAAUCGGUGGGCCCGCAGAACGCGAGAAUACGACAGGAGAAGAAUGGCGGUGCAUGGUGUCCGAAGGCGCAGAUCAGCAACGCGAUACGGGAGUAUCUGGAGAUCGACCUUACGAGAUACCAUCUGAUCACGUGGACCGAAACACAAGGACGGUUCGGCAACGGUCAGGGACAAGAAUACGCGGAGGCGUUCUUUCUCGAGUACUGGCGCGACACCAAAUGGCAUCAGUACAAGAAUUUGAAGGGUGACAGAGUACUCCGUGGAAACAGCAACACCUACCUGGUGGAGAAACAAAAGCUGGAUUUGCCAUUUGUCGCGAGCAGAGUGCGAUUCGUUCCGUACAGUCAACAUCCUCGUACGGUGUGCAUGCGAGUCGAAAUUUAUGGAUGCCUGUGGGAACAGAACGUUGCUAGGUACACAGCCCCGCAGGGCGCGCGUAUCGGUCCGGGGGGAUGCAGCGUUCAAGAUUCCUCGUACGAUGGUAUCGAGCUCGAGACCGAUUCGAUGCUCGUCAACGGUUUAGGCCAGCUGACGGACGGAAUUUUAGGGCAGAUUUCGGAAAUUUUGUCCUCCAACCCGUCUAACACGAACUGGGUAGGUUGGUCCGAUCGCGACGCCGUUCAGUUGGUCUUUGAGUUUCAAGAAUUACGGAUAUUCGAGAAUUGUUCGAUCCACACGGUCCGUUUGCCGGAACUGGGAGUCCAGAUGUAUUCAAGGGUACGCAUUUGGUUUUCCGUCGACGGUGAAAAUUACGAAACGACACCGGAAAUAUCGGAGACGAUGUCGAUCGAUGACAACCUUAGCACCGGUGUCGUUUUCUCGACGUCGAUCAUGUUACAGUCGAGAAUCGGGAGAUUCGUGAAAGUGGAAUUGAGUCUUGCCGCCAAAUGGUUACUCCUCAGCGAGAUCACUUUCUAUACGGUCUCAGGUAUCAAGAAUCCCUCGAUCAAUUCUUACCGAUCGGUCGAUCGAUCGUUCACCGAGGAACGAAAUCGAAGCGAAUUAUGGACGAAGUCGGACGACACGAUGUCAGUCUUCAACGAGACGGACGUGUACGAAAUUCUCAAAGACGACGGUUCCACGCCGGACGCGUUUCCCGUCGGGACCUCGCAGACAUACGUCGGUCUUGUCAGCGGAUUGCUGACGGUGUUCGUUCUCUCCUUAACCUGUACAGCGUUCCUGAUCAAACAGAGGGGCCGCAACAAAGUGGCCCUGUUGCAAAAGCACACCGCCCUCCUCUGCGACUCGUCCGCGGCUGGUAUCGCAAUCAGCCCAAAGGACGUCAAGCUUCACAAUUCGAUAGUGAACGGGCUGUCCCUUAUUCGCAAACCGAUUACCAGUCGAACGAUGCCCACUACCGGUCACGUGUCCGCCACAGCUGCCGCCACUGUCGUAAGAGCGGACUCGAUUGAUAACAUAACUGCUCAACCGGAUCGACCGCACCGUCCGCGCAUCAAUUCUCAACCCACUUCUAUACCGAAUCGUCGCUCUUCGACAGUUUACGAAAGGACGUAUAAGCUGUUCUCCGAGGAAGGUGUCAUUCACGCGGAUACGAACCCGUCUACGAGCGUAACUGAUUUCAGAUGUACAGCCAACUUUGCAAAAAACACCACCACAGAAUAUGCGCCGCCGGUUACAGCGCUCACGUCCAAAAAAACAACGCACAACUGUCUAACGGGAAACACAAUUUCAAAAGUGCACGAAGGAUAUUACGCCGCAACGGAUAUUUUCACGAUUAAGAGGCGAGGAGAGAUGUCGAUCCUGAGUCCAUUCACACCAUUACAUAUCCGUGACAAAGGCGUACGUAUACCGCGUACCCUUGACGCGUACAACGUUCCACGUAUCUCCAGACACAGAUUAAGGAUUCUUGAUGUGCUCGGCGAGGGAAGCUUCGGCUUGGUACACCUAUGCGAGGCGAAAGACAUUGUAAACACGGACAUGGGAUCUAUCCAAAAUAGGCAGACCGUGAUCGUUAGAUCUCUCUGGCGGGGCGUCGUGGAUUCCUUGAGGAUCGAUUUUACGAAAGACAUGCGAGUUCUGGCGACGCUCAGAGAUCCGAACAUGACGAAAAUGCUCGCGUUGGUGGAGGAAGAACCGUUCGGAGCCGUGUUCGAAUACAGCGAACUCGGGGAUCUUCCUACGUUUUUGGAAAGCCGCGAAAAACUCGGCAACGAAGCAGCUGUCAGCUACGGCGAUCGUGUAAAUUUCGUCCGGCAAAUUGCAUCCGGCAUGAAGUAUCUCGAGUCCAUAAACAUUCCGCACUCCGAUUUGGCGGCAAGGAACUGCAUCGUAGGACACAAUCUGGAGGUUAAGGUAUCUGAUCACGCGAUCUAUUGCAGCAAGUACGACCACCAUUAUUACGUCGACGCGUACAACACAAAAAUUCCACUUCGUUGGAUGGCUUGGGAAGCGGUUAUACUGAGUACACGCAGUUGCCAGGCGGACGUUUGGUCGUUCGCCGUGACAAUUUGGGAAAUUUUCACGAACUGCGAGGAUACACCGUACUCGGAUUUAACGGCUGAACAGGUCGUCGAGAAUUGCAGUCGUUGGUGUCAAAGAGAAGCGUGGAUCGGAAACGGAAUCGAUCAUGGCCACAACGACGAGAAACAUCAGCCUCGAGUUCUGUCGAGGCCGGACCUUUGCUCGGACGAUCUCUAUCGGGUGAUGAACAAAUGCUGGAGCAAACGAAUCGAAGAUAGACCCACCUUCGAGGAUAUUUAUUUUUAUCUCGAGAGAAUGGCGAUCGUCUGAAUGUUCGGGAUACUCGGUCGAAUAGCACGGACCAAAUUGGCUACAAUCAGUUAAGAUGCAUCCUGUCUCGUGUACGUGAAUCUAUCUUUUUUACGCUCGUGUUUAGGUUAGAUCCCUUUCUCUCUCUCUCUCUCUUGAACUGUUCCCCUUCUUAUGGACUAUAGACCAAACGCGAUGCAAAUCCUCAUCCACACCUCUCCCCCGCCAAUCCUAUAAAUCCACUCUUCCUAUUUCGAUUACGUGGGAUCUCAGAUUUCACGAAAUCACUGUACAAAUCGAUGCGUCGCUCCCAGGAUGCUCUAGCCAUCAACUCGUAAUGCUCAACUAGGUUUACUCGAAUCGA